AUGAAAUUAAAGGCAUCCAAUUCUAUUUAUAUUUUAUGGGCUCUGACUUCCUUUAUCAUUCAUGGAUUUUGCCCAACAAGCUUAGCAAAAGUCGGAUUAUUUGUUAUUACUUCCUGUCUUCCACAAAGUAUUGAAUGGCCGAUAGCAAUUUUGAGCUCAAUGAUCUUAACUCUUAUAGCAUCUUUCCAAGAAGAUUUAUUAUUUUUAUCAGCUUUGAUUUAUGCACUUCCUCAAGUUUGUCAACUCCAAUUAGAUUCAACCAUCAAUUUGUACCUUUUAAUUGAUAUUAUCUGACUAAUUCUUUCUGGAUACUUUCAGAGUGGCCAAAUAGAACUACUUUUUAUUAUAAGUAUAUCUUUUCUUUCUAUUUGGAACAUAUCAAUAUAUACAAAAUUCAGCCAAUUAAGAGAAAACAAUUUUCAAUUGGAGAAAAAGUGUGUAGCUUUGGAGCAGGAAAUUUCUUGCAUUGAAGCCAGCAGACUAAUUCCUUCAUUUAAAAGGACUGCAGAACUUGUAGAAAAACUGAAAAAAUUGUCGAAUUCUUUAAUGCCAAACGCCUCUAGACAAAGCUUGCAUGCAAGGUUUAAAAGUGAAGUGCAGCUAGAUAGGCCUGAAAUUUUAAAAAGAAGUGCUUCUAACGAAGUAAGUAAUUCAAAUUUUAUAACAAAUGAUGAAAUAAAAGAAAUUAUCGCUUCCCUGAUUAGUCAAGACUAUCUAAUUUGUAACCAAGGAAAAAUUAAAGCUUCUGAAUUCAAUCUUGCUGAAAUUGGAAAAAACCAAAUGGAUUUGUAUAUAAAGGAUUAAAUUAUUAUUCUAUCUUGCUCUCUCAUCCAUCCAGCCUAAUAGCCGAGGAGCUGCUUUCUGAAUUCAUCUGUCCUGCGCUAUACUAUAAUAAAUUUUAAAAGUGCACUGCAGUUUUUUUAGAUUUUGACCAUUUAAGAUCGUUUGGCAUGAAAAAAAUACAAAUGAGUUCUUUAAAUAUUUUAAAAUGGAGUGUGGGAAAAGUAAACAGUGUUUAAAGCAGCAAGUGCAAAGGAAAAAAGGAAAUAAAUUUAAGCAAGAAAAGUAAGAGAGAGUUGCAUAAUUGCAGCUCUUAUAUUCCAAAUGAUAUCAUGAAGAAACAAUAAAAUAAUUUUUUUUUGUAAAAUCCUUUUUAUAAAUAUAUUAUAUUUGUAUACACAAGUAGAUGAUUCACUUCCAGAAACUACAGUAAGAGCAAAACAUCCAGAGCCAGGCAAAUCAUUUUUCCAACGCCUAACUACUAUGAAGUCCUAUUGUGAUGAUAACGAAUCUUUAUCUGAAGCUCUAGAAGAGCUUGGAACUUGGGAUUUCGACUCAUUUAAGCUAAUUGAAUAUGUAAAUAACCCAGCCUUUGAAGUUGGCAGAUUUGUUUUCAGGACGUUAGGACUAACUACAACUUAUGAUAUAGAUGGGUGCAUCUCCAAUGAUUGUGUAUUUUGAUAGUGUGCAUUUCAUCGGAGUACAUUAUGUUGAAAAUUGGUCGAAUCUUUCGAUAGAGAGACAUUUGAUCUAAAAAAACUCGUAAAUUUCAACCAAAUGUCAACUAUUCAAAAAUUUUGGACCAAAUUUAUUUCAAUGAAAUGCACACUAUCAGCAGCAAUUUACUAUCAUUUGGCGUGGAACCAAUAUAGACGACCAUAAACUCAAUCGAUUUUUAACUGCAGUAGAGAGUGGCUAUAAAAAGAAAAAUUACUAUCACAAUUCAUUACAUGCCGCAGAUGUUACAGCUUCAGCUGUAUUUUUGAUACAAGAAGGGAUAGAAUUAGGGAAUGGUUUGGCUGAUAUAGAUAUUUUUUCUUUGAUCAUCGCUGCACUUUGUCAUGAUAUUGGACAUCCAGGUGUUAAUAACCCCUUUUUAGUAGCUAGCAAAGAUCCUUUAGCAUUUAAAUAUAACGAUCAAAGUGUUUUAGAGCAUAUGCACACAAAUACCACGUUUCAAAUUCUUAGUGAAGAUAAAACAAAUAUUCUUGUAAAUUUAACGAAGUCAGAUUACCAAAGAUUUAGAAAAAUAACUAUCCAGACUAUACUUGGAACAGAUUUGCAGAUUCACUUUGAUAAGCUUGCAGACUUUAAAUCAAUGCUGUCUAAAAGACUUACCUUUUCUGACGACAAGUUUAAGUUACUUGCUUUACAAAUGUGCAUUAAAUGCGCUGAUAUUGGACAUGGGGCUAAAACUCUUGAUUUACAUAAAAAGUGGUCAAAUCUCAUUACAAAAGAAUUUUUCAAGCAAGGCGAUUUAGAAAGAGGGCAUGGAUUUACUGUCACACCUCUCUGUGACAAAGAUAGCGUUAUAAUCAGCAAAUCCCAAGAAGGGUUUUUAAAAGUCCUCGUCAGGCCUCUUUUUGAAAGCUGACUAGAAUUUCUCGAGCUCCACGUCAAUAAAGAAAAUACCGAAGAAGCACUCUCUUCUUUUCAUAUAUGCAUUACAAACAUCCAAAGCAACAUCGAAUUCUGGGACAACGAAUACAGGUUAUUCAAAGAAGGAAAGCAAGAAUUUUUCCUCGAUGAGCUUCUCCCUCCUCUCCUUAAGAAGCAUUCAACCCAAAUCAUGCUGCCAAGAUUCAAGUACAAUUAA